UGGCACUUGCGUAGAUAUCGAUGAGUGUGCCUUUAGAAAGCCUUGCCAACAUGAGUGCAAAAACACUAUAGGAAGCUACCAGUGCACCUGCCCUCCAGGUUACCAACUAUCAUCCAACGGCCGAACCUGCAAAGACGUUGAUGAUUGUACUGUACAAGGAGUCCAGUGUGGAUCAAAUCAAAUGUGCUUUAACACACGAGGGGGUUACCAGUGUCUUGACAUACCCUGCCUAGCCAGCUACCACAGAGGACACAGCCCAGGUACCUGCUACAGACCUUGCACUCCCAGACUGGACUGUGCCACCGUUAGCUCUCCUCCUCUUCUCCAGUACAAGCUCCUCACUCUUCCGCGAGGUAUACCUGCUCACCACAAUGUGGCCCGUUUGUCAGCUUUCUCUGAGUCUGGCGUUCUCCAAGGCCACACAUCCUUCACUGUCCUGGAGCAAGGAGGAGACACUGGAGAGAGGCCAUUUGGGAUCAAAGAUGAAGCAGGAAGAGGCAUUAUCUUCACUGUAAUGCCUUUAGAUCUGCCUGGCCUGGUGCGACUUCGGGUACAAGCCACUACUCUGUCAGGCCAGGGGCGCAUAAUCUACCAGAGUAUUUUUAUAAUCUAUAUCUCCAUUUCCAAAUACCCCUACUGAGUAUUCAUUCAAGACUGCAAAGGGGCCACAAACCUCGGAGAACAGCCCUGUAUGUACUGUUGCUUUUUGGGCCAUAGGAGAAGCAUUAGUAAAUUAACUUAAUUGCCACCUUUUUAUGUGCCCUCUUGUAGUUGGACAGACAACACUAACUAUGAAUGUUAACUAUGGCAGUGUGCAACAUCAAAGUGUGUGUUUGGACAAACAUUCAAAGCCAAGACCUAUCAAUGGCAUAUUGUAUCAUGUCCAAAUCGUAAAGUCUUUGGAUUACAAUACUGUCACUCAUUUUUUCAGAAUGUUGGUUUAUUGAAUUAUCAUUAAGGUAAUAAAUACCCUGCACCUUUUACUCUUUGAAAGUAUUGUAGUAUUUUGUUAAAUCUGUCUUGCCUGGGCUGUUUUUUUUUCUUUUUCUUUUUCUGUAGUGCAACUAUUUUUGGUGCUUCAAUAGACAUUUUCAGGAUCCACUCAGUAGUACAUAUUUUGGAAAAACAAUGAACCCUAAACAUUAAAAAAAUAAAAAGAAUAAUAAAAAAAAUAAAAAACAUUCAAAAAACGGAAACAGAUGGUUCCUAAUAUGGGGCCAGAUAACUUUUUUUUUCUUCGCUUUUUGAUGAGGCUUCAGUUUUAGAAAGUUUCAACAUGAACUGAUCACCAGCAAAUUCUACCUUAAUUUAAAAUUAAUGACAUGUAAUUUUUGCAAUAUUCUUAUGUUGUAUUGAUAUAUUCAUGUACAUUGAGUGUAAUCUCAGUGUGUGUGUGUGUGUGUGUGUGUGUGUGUGUGUGUGUGUGUGUGUGUGCCACUGCAAGCAUGUGUAUGUGAACAAAAGAUAUGGUUGUGCUUUGACUGUUUAUGACUCCUUGAAAAUGAAAUGUAGAUUAUUACAAAUGUCUUAAUAUUGUUUUCAUAUUUAAUCUAGCACACACCUUUUGCUUUGCAAGUUGCUUCAAACCUGUAGGACUUUCUUUUUUUGAACACAAAAAAUGUUAGGCGGAAUGUUAGCUUCAGUCACCAUUCACUUUCAUUGUAUGAAAAAUGAUGCAAUGAAUGUGAUUGGUGACUGAAGUUAACAGAAAGAAAGUCAUCAGGGUGUGAAUGACAGAAUGUUCAGAAACUGUACAUGCUGCAUUUACUAUUGGAAAAGAGUAUGAGGAAGUGAUGUAACAUAAAAACUAGUGCGGUGCGGUUGUGUGGAUUAUUUUCUGUGUGCCUGUGUUAAUAUCCCAGUUCAUGGGGGCCUGGGUAGCUCACCAAGCAAAGAUCCUGACUACCACACCUGGAGUCACAAGUUCAAAUCCAUGGCAUGCUGAGUGACUCCAGUCAGGCUUCCUAAGCAACCAGUUGGCCUGGUUGCUAGGGUGGGUAGAGUCACGUUGGAUUAACCUCCUCGUGGUCGCUAUAAUGUUGCUCUACCUCUUGGUGAGGGCGAGUGGUGAGUUGUGCAUGGAUGCCGCGGAGAAUAAUGUGAAGCCUCCACAUGCGCUACGUCUCCACGGUAACACGCUCAACAAGCCACGUGAUAAGAUGCGUGGAUUGACGGUCUCAGGCAGCUGAGAUUUUCCUCCACCACCCGGAUUGAGGCGAGUCACAAUGCCACCAUGAGGACCUAGAGCAUAUUGGGAAUUGGGCAUUCUUAUAGGCCUACUUUGUGAAGCCUUAGAAUCCAAGCUGAGGAUCAUAAUAACAGCAUGGAAACAAAAAAUACAUUUCCUGAAAGAUGCAUCUCCACUAUUUUGGUCUUAAAAUGUGGUAUUUGGACUUUUUAUUAUUGCACUAUUGCAAGAAAAAAAUUACAGUUUAAGAUACCGUUUUUAUCGAUCGAUUUUACACAUUUCUCCAUACUCAGGUCACUGCUCUCAAAACAAUUAACAUAGCCAUCUGAACACUUUGUAGUGGUGCUAAACAGAUUGCAAAUGUUAUUUUUGAUUUUCAUAAUUUUCUUGAAACAUUUCACACAAAUUUCUUUGCUCCAAGAUUCAUUCUUUCAAAACAGUUAACAUAGACGACCAAAUUAAAGUCAUAUAUUCAAAUGCACGUCAGGUUGCCAAAUCCGUUCAUAUUGAUAUCUGCUGUGUUAGUAAUGCACACAGCAAAGAACAUGCAAUUUACUAAAUGUUUCACACAACUAUCAAGACUUCCAUCUAUAAAAGUUGUCAAAUAUGAAAAUUCAGAGCAAACAAACAAUGAGGAAUUACAAAAUGAAGAAGAGGUGCAAACUGAGAAGAGGUAGAAUGGGUAAAGCAGGGUGAAAGAGUAAAGAUUAUCUGAUUAUCUCAAAUUAUCUGAGAGUCCCUCUAAUUGAUCAUGUAUUGAAUCACGGUCUCUCUGAGACAAACAGUGUUCGGCCUAAUGUAAACAAAUGUACAGUGACUUCAAUCUUAACAAAAAGAAG